AUGAGUCUAGACGAGAAAGACGUGAUGAAACCCCGAGAGAGCAUGCUGAAUCACAAGAAACAGACCACUACUAUGAGCGUAACCGAGCCACGCACAGCAGUUUCUCUUCUAGAGAUAGUAGAAGGAGACAUAGAAGAGAUCAUGAUGAAAGGAGAACUUACAGAGAUGAUCUUGCUGGUAUAUGCUAAUAAAUCCAACAUAAGCAAGGUGUAUGAAGUGAAAGGAGCCAUCAACUCUCUCAGUCAAGAGGACACAGACUUUGAUGCUCACUUUGGGAAGUUCCGGUCCCUAUGGGCCGAGCUAGAGAUGCUCAGGCCAGCCACUGUCGACCCAGAUGUUCUCCAUGAGAGGAGAGAGCAGGAUAAGGUCUUUGCCUUACUACUUACCCUUAACCCAGGAACUGAAGGAAGGGCCAACUACUCGGGUGACAUUGGAGAAACAUCCAACCGCUCUCAAGCUGUUGAGGAGAAGAAGCAGGGCCAUGAUGAUACCAUCAAGAAGUCUGACAUUGAGGCUCUCAUCAAAGCUCUUAAGGAGUCCGGUAACACCCUUGGAACUUCUCUUAAUGCUACUUAUCACACGCCUAGAGGUCUCUUUACUUCUUAUCAAGUAGCUCACCAAACUGAGAGAGUUAAGCCUUUAGUUAUAGACUCAGGCGCCUCUCACCAUAUGAUAAGUGAUGUUAACUUGAUUAGUAACAUAGAACCUGUGAUAGGCAAUGUGAUGAUAGCUAAUGGUGAUAAAAUUCCAAUUAAGGGAGUAGGAACACUUAAGCUGUUUGAUAAAGACUCUAAAGCUUUCUAUAUGCCUACUUUUGCCUCUAACCUUCUUUCUGUAAAAAGGGCUACUACUGAUCUAAAUUGUAAUGUCAUAUUUAGUCCUAAUGAAGUUGUGUUUCAGGAUAUUGAGACUCUUAAGUUGAUUGGCAAAGGUGUGACAAAGGGAGAUCUCUACCUUCUUGAAGACGCCAAGACUCCUUCUUAUUUAUCUUCAGCUUUUAGUUCAAUUCCUGUCUUAGAUCAUGAUACCAAUGUUCCUAAGCGGUUCUGGAGUGAUGCAGUCAUGACAGCAUGUUAUCUGAUCAACCGCACUCCAACCAGAAUCCUUGGUGACCUCACACCAUAUGAGCCAGAUGGACAGAGAAACAAGCUUGAGCCACGAAGCACCAAGGCAGUUUUUCUUGGCUAUUCCACUACCCAAAAGGGGUAUAAAUGCUAUGUUCCAGAGGCCAGGAAGGUCUUAGUCUCCAGAGAUGUGAAGUUUGUGGAAUCCAGAGGAUACUUUGAGAAGAAAAGUUGGGAUGAGCUCAAAGAUCUCUCUCAACCUUCCUCGGACAGAGCAGACACACUAAGGCGGCUUAUGCAGAACUUGGGAAUCAGUUUGUUUCCAUCUGCUGGCACUCAGGAGACUGGAGCUGUUCCGGAGACAGUGAGAGCUCCACAAGAUUCUACCACAACCCCACAUCCUCAUCCUGAUCCUGAAUGGGGGAACAACAAUGAUCAUGAAGCUGAGAGCAAUGAUCCUAAUGUUCAUGAUCCGGAUGAGCAGAUGCAGCAAGAGGCUGACCAAACCACUGAUGUAAACUCUGGAGGAGUCGAAUCAAGUGGACAAGAAGAUGUACAAGAGGUGCAGCAGCUUAGGAGAAGCACAAGACAAAGGAAACCGGUUUCAAACUGGAACAACACUAGAGUAUACUUCAACGCAGAGGCAAUAGCUCAUCCACCCAGUGCCGGUUUAAUGAGGGAGACUCUUCAGGGUUUUCAAGAGUUUGAGACUCUUUCAAGAAGGUUCUCAGUCAGAGGGGGUCAGGAAGCUGAAGGGAGGAUAGAGGGUGAGCUGCAAAGUUUUGAGGCUUGA